CCAACACGUCACAUCGUUACGGAAGUACGAUCUGUAGCAUUUGUGUACAUCUUAUUCACGUUCUGCGUCACGUUGAGCAAGGAAGCCGGGAACCUCUUCAAUACUGGGGCAGCCAUGUGCUUGAAAACAGGUGUACAGAAAAUGACUGGAAGUACAGAGAAGUUUGCAUCUAAUGUUUUGGCGAGUUUCUGCUCUUCGCGUUUCCGAUGACGAGGACUCCAGCGGAUUAGGGCACUUAUCCGCUAGGUUCCCACCAUGACGGACUGAGGGAACCAAGGCACGUGGUAUCAACAUGAUAAUGUAUGCUGGGAGUGACGGCCUACACUAGCCGUCCUGCACGAAAUACCUCGCCCCUUGGAGAUGUCCAUGCAGGACCGUUCGUGCCGGAACUCAAGCAGACCUCAACGCACCCGGACCCUAUUCCGCGACACGCAAACUUCGCUGCAUCUCCAAUAUACAGAGGCACACACAGACACUCUUAAGCGCACAUUAUCUGUCAGAUUUGUCUUCCGUGCAAAGAAACCCCCAUGUACUACAACCAUGCCUGAACUGGCAAUGCAUGCCUCGCAUACCCGUAUCGGGUUUCUGUACACACGGCUGCUUCCUUAUUGCGUUCUACUUAAAUUCCCUUGCACCUGGCUAAAUGACAGGUCAUUCGUGCACAUUCAGGGCGUUCGUGCUCAUUCAUUCUGUGCCGUUCCCCGUGGGAGUACGGCAAAACAUACGAUACAGAGAAGCGUAGGUAUGACAUGAUAGCGGUUGCAUCCAUCCCUACAGGGAGUACAAUGGCAUCCUGACCCAGGCAACCAUAGCAGCAUCCCGAGCUGCAUGGCGGGGUGUACUGCAGCUGUCCGAAAGUGCAUUAACAGGGUGCUGGACACUGCAAGCAGGCAGGAGGGCGACGCGGUAAGCUGCCCAUGACGCCCGUGACCCCCUACGCUGCGCCGCCCCCGACCACCGCACCUCGCUCAUCAGCAUGGUCUGCGGCGUGCUGACAGGCGAGGGGUACGGCGAGCGUGACGUGGUUCCCGCCGCCAAGCUGCUGGAGGUGGUGCUGCAGAACUGCCGGGGGCGGGUGGACGCCUGGGUGGGGCCCUUCCUGCAGCUGGCGGUGGGGAAGCUGCAGAGCGCCACAAACCGCACACUCAAGGACACGCUGGUGCUGGUGGUGGCGAACGCGCUGUACGGCCUGUACCGCAACGCGCCCCUCGCGCUGCUUUGCUGGCGCGGAUAUGCUGCGUGGGCUCCUUCUUGUCCGCCUGGUUCGCCGCCACCACCGUCAACAAGAAGAGCGGCAAGCCCAAGCACAUCCGGCGGCAGCAUGACAAGAAGACAUGACAAGAAGAUGUGUGUACCGGUAAUUGAGUAGAACAAGAGCAAGCAAUUGGGAGAAAUUGGGAGAGUGUGCUGGGGCGGGUGUCGCUGCUGGCGGUGCCCCGGGAAACGUUGCUGAGGAGCUAGCCAAGAAGGAAGAAGACGAGGGGGAGGACGCUGACGGGGUGAUCCGGGCUGAUUGGCGAGGCGCUCGGGACCUGCUGGGCGAUGGCGACAGCGAGGGGGAGGAGUCGGGCGACUAGGAGCUGCACUGACGCGCCCAUCGACCCGUGCGUCUUCUUCACGGAUGCGCUCAGCGGCCUGCAGCAGCACAUGCCCGCCAGGUGCUGCCCGCUUGCGACGCCUGCAUGAUGCGGCGGAGCUGUGGAGAGGAGGUGGAGGAGUGGUCGUAUGGGGGUGGCUGGAGCGGUGGCUUUAGUAGGGUUGGCGAUAGCGGUUGGGGAGCAGCGCGGGUUGGGACCGAGUAGGCUAGUCAGCUAGGAAGCGGAGUUGAGUUGUCAGGCGUAUGGGCUGGUGGGCUGUUCCAGACUUUUGGACAGGGCAGAUUUGAGGUAUGGGGCCGGGGGCAGGCUUUGUUUGGGGUUUUGGAAGCUUCCGUGCAAUGACGCGUGCGAAGAGAGGAUAUGGCUAGCCGUGCCUUCUUCCUGGCAUGAUUUCUGAUGAGGGUUUUCCGACGUAGGCAUGAGGGGGUAAAAAUAAGGAAAAC